GUUUAUUGCUAGAAAAUUAAUUGCAGAAGGAACAAAGUUUUGUUAAAUUAAAUUCCAUAUAUACUCAGUUGGAACGUUGAUACUGAUAUAUUAAUUUACGAUGAUCUUAGCUAUUUGGGUGUUUCUAUAUUUAACCCUAACAGCCUGCACCUUAGCGAUCCUGUUAUACAUACAAAAAUACUACAAAUAUUGGGAAAAACGUAAGGUACCUAUAGAAAGCAAUUUCUUUCUUGCCAACAAUAUUUACAGCGUUUUCUCUGGAAAACUACAUUUUGGGAAAUUUUUAAUUGAACUAUAUCAAUCACACCCAGAGGAUCCAUAUUUUGGAUUUUAUAUAUUGGGCAAGCCAUAUCUUUUCAUUAGAUGUCCAAAUAUAAUAAAAGGUAUAGGUAAAAAUCAUCAAUACUUUCAAGAUAGAAGCUUUUUCUGUGACGAAAAAGUGGAUCCGGUAGUUUCGAAAUCACUUUUCAUUGCUAAAAAUCCUGGAUGGAGAGAUUCCAGACAAAAGCUUAGCACUCUAUUUUCGCCAGCAAAAUUUAAAGCUAUGGUUCCGAUGAUUCUAUCCCAUUGUGAAAAAAUGAAUAUAUUUUUAAAACGAUAUAACAAUCAUGUUAUCAAUGUACAAGAAACUGCCGAAAAUCUUAUGACCAAUGUGCUGCCUCAUAUAUUUCUUGGAAUCGAUAGCCAAUGUGAAUACAAUACAAAUGAUAAUGUAAUAAAGGAAGCUAUUAAGAAUAUGUUUGGCAAAGGAUGGUACCAGGGAGUAGCAUUUUUCCUUUAUGCGUUUGUACCAAAACUUGUUGGCGUUUUGAAAUGUUCUCUCUUGCAUGACGAUUUUAUCAAAACAAUUGUUAAAGAUGUUAUAGAAAGCUAUAAAGAUACUAGACACACUAGAGGAACUAGAGUGAUCGAUACACUCGCAAAUCUUGAUAAUAAUAUGAAUCAGAAAACAAAAGAAUAUUUUGACGAAAAUUGGUUAGUAGCUCAAUCAUCAACAUUAGCUAUUGCAGCUUUUGUACCAACAUCUUCAUUUUUUGCUCUCAGUCUGUAUGAGCUAAGCCUUAACCAAGAAUGCCAAGAAAAACUCAGAGAAGAAAUUUUUGAACAUAUUCGGGACGAAAAUUUCGAUAUAUAUGACAGAAUUAUGGAAAUGAAAUAUUUAAAUAUGGUAGUUGCAGAAGUCCUGAGGAUUUAUCCUCUGGGUGAUUUCGUGAACAGAAAUUGCAACAGAGACUACGUCAUAGAAGCAACUGGUUUGAGAAUUGAAAAGGGAACCCCCAUUAUGAUCUCUAUUAAUGCCAUGCACACUGAUCCAAAAUUCUAUCCUGAUCCAUUCAGAUUUGAUCCCGAAAGAUUUAAAAAUGGAACUAAAGAAUUAGAAAAUGCUGGAGUAUAUCUUCCCUUCGGAUGUGGUCAGAGAAGAUGUUUGGGCGAAAGAUUUGCACCAGUAGUCAUUAAAAUAGCCCUGGUAGAGGUGUUGAGAAAAUUCAAAUUUGAACCUUGUAAUGAAACAGAAAGGCCAGUAAUUUUUGAUAGUCAAGUGAUAAAUACUUCUCCAUUAAAUGGAGUGAAACUACGUAUAUAUAAAUUGUGAAAAUGUAUUUAUUUUUAUUUUUAGCUUUGAAUAAAUGUUUUCUCCGUC